GCUGGGCAUUGUGGCCGGCGGCAGGGAGGGCGAGGGCGCCGAGCCGCGGGGAGCGGCAGGGCGCGGAGAAGAGCGCGCAUCCCACUCGGACAGACUUCGCGGCGCGGCCGCUGCGAGCGCCGCUGAGCGCACUCCGCUGGGAUCGCGCAACUUCGGAGCAGGGCGCGGACGGCGCUCGCAGCGGGGGAUCGCGGAAAGGGCGCACUAGCGCCGGGAUCCUCAGCGGCGUCCGACUCCCGGAGCGCUCCGAGCAGCCGGGCGGCUUCCCGGCGCAGCGUGGCUGCCGCUGCGCCCACGGAGGGCACGGGCUGGCGCUGCCGGGCGCCUGCGAGGACGGCGAGGCGGCGAAGGCGAAGGCGAAGGCGGCGAGGCUGGGGCCCGGGAAAGAGCCCCGAGGGAGAGGCGCCCGGGCCGGGCGACAGGAGCAUGAGGGCCCGGAGCGGGACGCGGGGUGCGUUGCUGCUGGCGCUGCUGUUCUGCUGGGACCCGACACUGAGCCUAGCAGGCCUUCUUGACGUCGGUGGCCAGGUGCUCCCAGACUCCUUACCGUCAGCACCGGCCGAGCAGCUGCCCCACUUCCUGCAGGAGCCACAGGACGCCUACAUCGUAAAGAACAAGCCCGUGGAACUGCGCUGCCGAGCCUUCCCCGCCACACAGAUCUACUUCAAGUGCAAUGGCGAAUGGGUCAGCCAGAACGACCACGUCACACAGGAGAGCCUGGAUGAGGCCACAGGCUUGAGGGUGCGAGAGGUGCAGAUCGAGGUGUCGCGGCAGCAGGUGGAGGAACUCUUCGGGCUGGAGGACUAUUGGUGCCAGUGUGUAGCCUGGAGCGCUUCGGGAACCACCAAGAGUCGCCGAGCCUACAUCCGCAUUGCCUACCUGCGCAAGAACUUUGACCAGGAGCCUCUGGCAAAGGAGGUGCCGUUGGAUCACGAGGUCCUUCUGCAGUGCCGCCCGCCCGAGGGAAUACCUGUGGCUGAGGUGGAAUGGCUCAAGAACGAAGAUGUCAUCGACCCCACUCAGGACACCAACUUCCUGCUCACCAUUGACCACAACCUCAUCAUCCGCCAGGCUCGCCUGUCGGACACAGCCAACUACACCUGUGUGGCCAAGAAUAUUGUGGCCAAGCGCCGGAGUACCACCGCCACAGUCAUUGUCUACGUGAAUGGUGGCUGGUCCAGCUGGGCAGAGUGGUCACCCUGCUCUAAUCGAUGUGGCCGAGGCUGGCAGAAGCGUACGCGGACCUGCACCAACCCGGCCCCACUCAAUGGAGGUGCCUUCUGUGAGGGACAGGCCUUCCAGAAGACAGCCUGCACCACCGUGUGCCCAGUGGAUGGAGCGUGGACGGAGUGGAGCAAGUGGUCAGCCUGCAGCACAGAGUGCGCGCACUGGCGCAGCCGGGAGUGCAUGGCGCCCCCACCUCAGAACGGAGGUCGGGACUGCAUCGGAACGCUGCUGGACUCCAAGAACUGCACCGAUGGGCUGUGCGUGCAGAAUAAGAGAACUCUAAACGACCCUAAAAGCCACCUCCUGGAACCCUCGGGAGAUGUGGCGCUGUAUGCAGGCCUCGUGGUGGCCGUCUUCGUGGUUGUGGCAAUCCUCAUGGCCGUGGGCGUGGUCGUGUACCGAAGAAACUGCCGGGACUUUGACACGGACAUCACUGACUCCUCAGCUGCCCUCACUGGCGGCUUCCACCCUGUCAACUUCAAGACCGCGAGGCCUAACAACCCACAGCUCCUGCACCCGGCCGCCCCUCCAGACCUGACAGCCAGCGCCGGCAUCUACCGUGGGCCCGUGUACGCCCUGCAGGACUCCGCCGACAAGAUCCCGAUGACGAAUUCGCCCCUGCUGGAUCCCCUGCCCAGCCUCAAGAUCAAGGUCUAUAACUCCAGCACCACCGGCUCUGGAUCUGGCCUGGCUGAUGGAGCCGACCUGCUGGGUGUCCUCCCGCCCGGCACGUACCCAGGCGAUUUCCCCCGGGACACCCACUUGCUGCACCUGCGCAGUGCCAGCCUUGGUUCCCAGCAGCUCCUGGGCCUGCCUCGAGACCCCAGCAGCAGCCUCAGCGGCACCUUUGGUUGCCUGGGUGGGAGGCUGAGCAUCCCUGGCACAGGGGUCAGCCUGUUGGUGCCAAAUGGAGCCAUCCCCCCGGGCAAGUUCUAUGAGAUGUAUCUACUUAUCAACAAAGCCGAAAGCACCCUCCCGCUUUCGGAAGGGUCCCAGACAGUAUUGAGCCCCUCGGUGACCUGUGGCCCCACGGGCCUCCUCCUGUGCCGCCCUGUCAUCCUUACUGUGCCCCACUGUGCUGAAGUCAUCGCCGGAGACUGGAUCUUCCAGCUCAAGACCCAGACCCAUCAGGGCCACUGGGAGGAGGUGGUGACCCUGGAUGAGGAGACCCUCAACACCCCCUGCUACUGCCAGCUGGAGGCUAAGUCCUGCCACAUCCUGUUGGACCAGCUGGGCACCUACGUGUUCACGGGCGAGUCCUAUUCGCGCUCGGCAGUCAAGCGGCUCCAGCUGGCCAUCUUUGCCCCAGCCCUCUGCACCUCCCUGGAGUAUAGCCUCAGGGUCUACUGUCUGGAGGACACGCCUGUGGCAUUGAAGGAAGUGCUGGAGCUGGAGCGGACUCUGGGCGGCUACUUGGUAGAAGAGCCCAAGCCUUUGCUCUUUAAGGACAGUUACCACAACCUGCGCCUCUCCCUCCACGACAUCCCCCAUGCCCACUGGAGAAGCAAGCUACUGGCCAAGUACCAGGAGAUUCCCUUCUACCACAUCUGGAACGGCAGCCAGAAAGCCUUGCAUUGCACCUUCACCCUGGAGAGGCACAGCCUGGCCUCCACCGAGUUCUCCUGUAAGGUCUGCGUGCGGCAGGUGGAAGGGGAAGGCCAGAUCUUCCAGCUGCACACCACGCUGGCCGAGACGCCUGCUGGCUCCCUGGAUGCGCUCUGCUCUGCCCCUGGUAAUACUGUCACCACCCAGCUGGGACCCUAUGCCUUCAAGAUACCACUGUCCAUCCGCCAGAAGAUCUGCAACAGCCUGGACGCCCCCAGCUCACGGGGCAAUGACUGGCGGCUGCUGGCACAGAAACUCUCGAUGGACCGGUACCUGAAUUACUUCGCCACCAAAACUAGUCCUACAGGCGUAAUCUUGGACCUCUGGGAAGCUCAGCAGCAAGAUGAUGGGGACCUCAACAGCCUGGCCAGUGCCUUGGAGGAGAUGGGCAAGAGUGAGAUGCUGGUAGCCAUGGCCACUGAUGGGGACUGCUGAGUGCUUGUGACCACAGGCCAGCUGGGACCAGUAUGCGGCAGUAUGAGACAGUGUAAGGAGGCCUAGCAGCCUCUCCAUGGGGGUGUCCAGCCUCCGCCAUCCCUGGCUCACGGCUGGAACAGUCCCUCACCCCCCUUCUCUGCCACAACCCUCAGACCACCACCAGCCUUAGAAAACCUCUAUGCUCUACUGCUGAGAGGCCAGGAUCCGCUGCCUCACCGUUUCCUGGCUCACACUGGGAUGGGCUGAGGCCUCUGGGGCAGCCUAAGGCCAGAGACUUUCCCCCCGACGCCAACAACCCACCACCCUCAGGCCUGUGACUUUGGGGGCUCACAGUUUUCCAUUCUGUGUUCACAUCGUCUUUUGCUAGGGAUGUCUCUCUUAUUCCUGGUCCUCUUUGAAAGGUUGAGUUUAGUUCAGACAAACUGCUGUCUCCUAUCUACAAGCAAAAAAAAAAAGGAAGGAAGAAAGAAAGAAUGAACACUUCAUAAGUCAGUGAGCAAAAACCACAAGGGAAAAAAAAACCCAGUUUCUUAGGAAACGCAAGUGAUUUAUUAUCCAGAUACUUGGAUAGUCCUUUUUAAGAAAAAACAAACAAACAAAAAACAAAAAAGUAAGAAAAGAAAAAAGGGGGGUGGCGUGGGGCAGGGGGACUUUUAUUCUCCAGUGUGGUUAAGAGUGGGUAUGCUUGUGGCCUGGACCACAGGCGAGCGAAUUCAUGGGCACAUGUGUGCACAUAUGUGUACGUGUGCGCAUGAGUGUGGUCCGGCAAAGACCGCACAGGGAAAUGCUUUGCUCCUCCUGAAUCCAUUGUGGACUGGAUUCCGACAAGGCCUCCGUUUCCCCAGCUUUGCAGGGAGCUGGUAUGAAGUUUGAGCCAUGGCACUGGGCUCUAAAUCUCACGUGGAAGCUGGGGCCUGGUGGUCCUCAGACCCCCCAGGCAGAUGCCCUUCUGUGGCCUCCUGGGUUUCUGAGAAUCUGGAUGGAUGCCCAGGCUGGCUGUGACCUGGGGAGACUGUUCAGGUCUUUCUUACCCUGGAGGUUUCUGGUCUAGUAAUGUGGCCCAGAGGUGAGGCUCCUGCAGAGAGCGGGGGAGGGGUCCUCCAGGUUCUCAGGCUGGAUGGCUUUGUGUCUAGGUGGGCACUGGCCAGUCCGCACCCCUGCGCCUCUGGUCCUCCGUUCGCCCACUCGCUCCCCUGCUGGGGUCAGGAGAUGUGAAGGUGGCCUUUGCUAAGUGGACGCCUUCACUCUUGGCCACAGCCUGGGAUUUGAAAGUUGGAGCUUCUUCAGGGGGAGCAGGUUUCCUGGCCACAGACCCAGCAAGCGUCUGUGUCCUGGCUUCCCUGCCGCAGGUCCUGAGGUGGGGCUCUGAGACUGAGACCAAGGUGCCCCUGGCACCUAGGUAAACACUGCCUCAGACAGUGGCCCCUCAGCUCUUCCUGCCAAAGAUGCCCAUCCCUGUGGACAUGACCUUGCUGGUCACUGUUAGCCCAUGCACAGAAGGGACCUCUGUCCAUUUGCACCCCGGGAGUCAGAGACCAGGAACCAAGUCCAUGCUGUGCUGUGUGACUUUGGGCACAUGGCUGCCUUCUCUGGGCUUCAGUGUCCUUUUUAUCUGUGAGGCCCCCUGAGGUCUCACACUCUUCUGGACUUCAGAAGGGACUCAAGUAGUGAGAAGUUGAUCGUGGUCUGUAUGCCCUCCUUUGCCCAUCCUCAGAAACCUGCCUGCUGGGGCACUUGGCGAGUGGGUUGCAGUUAGCUGGAGCCUGGGGUAGGGCUCCGAGCGGGCAGUUUGGCAGCAGCAACCCAGGCAAUACCUGCCAACUCUGGCCCGAGCCGGGGCUGUUGGCUUGGGUUUUUCCACUUCCUGCCUCCAGUGACCUGGAGCCUCCUUUACCCAUUCCUGGCCAGCUUGGUGUUGCCGGGUCCUGCAGGGUAUUCGUGUGUCAUCUGGGGUAUGUGUGUUUGCAAGUGUGUGCGGCGUGUGUGUGUGUGUGUGUGUGUGUGUGUGUGUGUGUGUGUGUGUGUGCAUGCCUGUGCUUUUCAACUUGGGCACAUCAGGGCACCCCCUCCCCCAGAACGCACACACCUGUUCCCAUAUGUGGACGUGGCCUCUGUGCCCAGGCUUGUGCCCCUGGAGGUGGCCAUGCCUGUUUGCUGUCACAGGGUCAGUCAGUGUAUAUCCUAUGUGCCUCUCCUGCCCUCUCUGAUGGGGCCCAUGAUUCUGAGCUCUGGCCAGACUCCUCCUGAGGGAUGGGGACCCUCCUCAUCCCUGCAUCUUCCAGGGCCCUCUGGUCCCCACCUUGAAGCUCCCAGGCAUCUGAAUCAGCCCCUCCCACUCACCCUCGGAGGGCAGGUGGCUGGGAGCUUGGAUGCAGGGAUGUGAACAUGGCUCUGCCGUGUCCCUGGAGUAUAUGCUGGGGACGCUCUCAGUCCCACCCAUUCGUUCUGUAAACAACCUGUAAAUAGCCUUCAGCAUUCCUCUUGUAACGAGAUUAAUUUUUAUGAGAUAAAUUAUAUUUCCUAGUCUAAUAAAAAAAAAGAAAAAAAUCCA